AGUGCGGCCUUCAAGAUGGGAAGUGCCGUGGCCAAAGAGGACGAGGGUCAGAAAAACAAAACCAUUUUCAUCAAGCUGCUCAACCACGUGCAGUGGCUGACCUUCAGUUCAAAAAUCAGCACGGAGGACCUGAAUGACCGGCUGACGGCGUUGUGUGGACAGCCCCGAGGCGCCACCAUCCUGCUGAAGGACCGGUACGGCGCUCGGGUGGCCGUCAGCCCCACCAUGAGGACCAACACCCUUCAUGACGCCUUUAUCGUGGAGAUGCAAGCUGAUCGCCUGAGAGAAAGAGGUGCGAGCACGGCAAACCCUCCCACCCGCACCACGGGGAUCAAGAUCAAAGUGGGACGCAGCGUACCAUCAGAGAUCAAGAUCAAGCGUAAGAGCAGCAACACGUGGAGACGUAAACAAACUAGAAGCUGCUGCGUUGUAACCAGAAAACAUCAGACCAUGGCAGACACGGACUCCAGCCAGCGGGUCCAGGAGAUCCUCACUCAAGCUACAGAGGAGCUGAAGUCCAUCAAGGUACCCAAUGAUAACCAGCUGGAGUAUGACCUAGGCAACCUGCUGGUGAGCAACAACAACACCCUGGACGAGACCCUCACCAGAGACCCGGAGAAGAUUGACAGUUAUCUUCACAACUUGGCCCGAGACAGCAUACAAGCACUACUUAACAGAGUGUGGGAGCUGCCUAGUGAACGCAUUGAUAGUGACAUCUAUGCCACACUGCCAAAGCCAACCACCAGAUUGCCAAGGGAGAAACCAGUGCCCAAGCCACGUCCACCAACCAAAUGGGAAAAGUAUGCUCGUGAGAAAGGUAUCAAUAAUAGGAAGAAGGACAAGAAAGUAUGGGAUGACGUCCUCAAGCGGUGGGUGCCUCGCUUUGGUUACCGGAAGAUUGCAGCAGAGAAGGAGAAGAAUUGGGUCAAGGAGGUGCCUAGCAAUGCUGAUCCCUUUGAAGAUCAAUUUGCCAAGGCUGCUGAGAUGAAGAAAGAAAAUGUAGCCAAGAAUGAAUUCCAGCGUCUGCGUAACAUUGCUAAGAACAAGAAGAUAAAGGUUCCCAGUGUAGGUGUCACAGGCAAUGAAUAUGCCUCCAAGAAUGAACUCAGCAUGGCUAUGCAUCAUGCCAAACAUGCAACUGCCUCAAGGGGAAAAUUCCAACCUGAACUUCCAAAUGAGAAAAAGGUGAAGGGACUUGGGAAGAAGCGCAAGAUAGAAUUCACAACAGGCAGUGGCCUGGUAGAGAAGAAGCGCAACAUUGAGGUUCUUGAGAAAAUGGAUAAGCCAUCUCUUAAUCUGGAUGGAGCCAUUCACAAGGAGAUCCGGGAUGAAAAUGUAGCCAUGGAUCUGAAGCGCAAGGGAGGGAAGGUUUAUGGUAGGAGGUCCAAGAUGGGAGGCAGACACAGAACCAAGUCAGACCACAAAUCCCUGAAGCUGGGGACUGGAUUCCAAGGCAAGGGCAAGGGCAAAGGUAAGGGUAAGGGUAAACCAAAGGGCAAGCCAAAUGUUGGUGCAAAAAAGAAGAUAGGAGGACCUAAGAUGCAGGGUAAAGGUAGGCCAGCAGGAAAGGGAAAGAUGAAGGGGAAAGGAAAAGGUAAAUAGGCAUAUAAUGACUGAUCUUAGAAACUUAUCUCUCUGUAAAACAAGGAUAAUAAAUAUAUGCAACUUA